AUGCCGCACAGCGUGGACGACGAGACUACGGCUCCGGCACAGUUGAACGGGACUACGCCUCCAGCACAGUUGAACGGGACUACGCCUCCAGCACAGUCGACUAGGACUACGGCUGCACCAAAUCUACUUGUGCUCUUCAGACGCAUGAUCAACGUUGCCCUGAAUACUUAUGAACGGUGGAGCGCAAGGGAAGAGUUGGGCAGGCGUCCCUGCACAGUAGAAAUACAACCAGGCUCGACCACCGAGACGCUCCUCAUUACCUAUCACAGCCCUGCUGGACACAUGCCUGCAACAGCGAGGAUUCAUAUCCGCCAUCGCAACCCUCCUACAAGCCUGGUCACCCUUCCUGGCACCAAUAGCGACAGCAUCCAGCGAAAUAGCUAUGCAGAAAUGAUGUUCCGCACAAAUCUGAAUACUCUCCGUACUGCCGCUCGCGUGCCGAAUGAGGUCUCUAUAAGGGAUGGUCUGGAACACUCCUAUGAACAGCUUUUUAUCGAGACCGAUGUCAGUCUCUCAGUGACCUCGGCAGCAGAUCAGGACUGCCUGUUUGUCGCUACAUUCUCUAUGGAGAUCCAGGCUAGUCAUGUGCAUUCGUUCGAACAGCACGGAGCGCCAGGACAGCAGAAUGUGGGGGUCCCUGCUACGGAUGGGGAGGCGAACGAUGACACUGCCUGGGAGAUGGACGGUGAAAUUACGGAUGAGUGGGCGAACGGUGACAAUACGGACGGGGAGGUGGACGGUGACACGAAUGGGGGGAUGAACGGCAAUCGGAUCAUCGAUUGA